UGCGCAAAUGACGUAGCUCCCCUGGCCGUUCCCGUUCUUGCGCUUCCGCCAUGUUGUUUUGGUUGUGAGAAGGAAGGAAGGAAGAGCCCUGAUCCUGGAUUGACAGCAACUGACAGCAGGGAGGGGGCAGAGACAGCCGGCACCGGGGACCCCAGCCCGCCGGGCCGCACGAUAUUUUGGUAAAAUGUAUUAAAAGGAUUCAAGACCUACGAAGUCUUCAACAUUCUGCAAGGUAUAAUAUAUAUUCCUUUUGGUGGACAGAUCCUUGGGUACCAAACACCUUCCUUCUCACUGCUGCAUAAAUCAUGGAUGAAGAAAGUCAGAGCAGCCUUGAGUGCAUUCAAGCCAACCACAUAUUCCCUCGAAAGCAGCUAAUCCGGGAAGAUGAAAGCCUCCAGGUCCCCUUCCAAGAGCUUCAUGGGGAGAGCACCGAAUAUGUGGGUCGAGCCCAGGAUGCAGUGAUUUCUCUUUCCAACUAUCGUUUAAAUCUCAAACUCAAAGAAUCUUUUAUCAAUGUUCCUCUACAGCUGAUAGAAUCUGUGGAAUGUCGAGAUCUUUUCCAGCUUCACCUUACAUGCAAGGACUGCAAAGUAAUCAGGUGCCAGUUCCUAAACUUUGAACAAGUACAGGAGUGGCAGAAGCGUCUCAAUGCUGCACUUCGGCCACCAACUCGAAUCGAAGAUCUUUUCUCCUUUGCGUACCACGCAUGGUGCAUGGAAGUUUAUGCCAGUGAGAAAGAACAGCAUGGGGACCUUUGUCGACCAGGUGAUCAUGUGAUUUCACGAUUUAAGAAUGAGGUUGAGCGAAUGGGGUUUGACAUGGAUAACGCUUGGAGAAUUUCCAAUAUUAAUGAAAAAUUUAGGCUUUGUUCCAGUUAUCCACAGGAGCUGAUUGUCCCGGCCUCUAUAACAGACAAAGAAUUGGAGAGUGUUGCCAGCUUCCGCGCUUGGAAGCGUAUUCCUGCUGUGGUGUACCGGCACCAGAGUAACGGGGCUGUAAUCGCUCGCUGUGGUCAGCCUGAGGUCAGCUGGUGGGGUUGGAGGAAUGCAGAUGACGAGAACCUUGUUCAGGCCUUGGCCAGGGCAUGUGUGACCGAUCGAAACAAAGCCAGCCCAGGCAAAAUGGCCAAUGGCAGCUGCACUCAUGCUAAUGGGGGAGUUCUUACAGACGUGGAUUUUGAUUCCUCUGUUCCACAUAUAUCCACACCUGAAACCCCGCCUGUACAGCCAUCAAAGCUGUUGAUUCUUGAUGCUCGUUCUUAUACUGCUGCAGUGGCUAACCGUGCCAAAGGAGGAGGCUGUGAAUGUCCUGAGUAUUACCCAAACUGUGAGGUUGUCUUUAUGGGAAUGGCCAAUAUACACUCCAUCCGCAAGAGCUUCCAGUGCCUACGGCUAGUUUGCACACAGAUACCUGACCCAAAUAGUUGGCUUUCUGCCCUAGAGGGCACAAAGUGGUUACAGCACCUCUCUGUUUUGCUUAAGUCUGCUCUGAUGGUAGUACAUGCAGUGGAUCGAGACCAACGUCCCGUCAUCGUGCAUUGUUCUGAUGGUUGGGACCGCACUCCCCAGAUUGUAGCUCUCGCCAAAUUGCUGCUGGACCCUUAUUACCGGACCAUAGAGGGCUUUCAGGUCUUGGUGGAAACUGGGUGGUUGGAUUUUGGGCACAAAUUUGCAGACCGUUGUGGGCAUGGAGAAAAUUCUGAAGAUCUAAAUGAGCGCUGUCCAGUCUUUCUGCAGUGGCUGGAUUGUGUACACCAACUACAGAGGCAGUUCCCCUGCUCUUUAGAAUUCAAUGAGGCCUUCUUGGUGAAGCUGGUGCAGCAUACAUACUCCUGUCUAUUUGGCACCUUCCUCUGUAACAAUGCUAAGGAGCGAAGUGAAAAGCACAUCCAAGAACGCACAUGCUCAGUUUGGUCACUACUGCGUGCCGGGAAUCGGGCCUUCAAAAAUUUGUUGUACUCCUCUCAGUCAGAAACAGUACUGCAUCCUGUAUGCCAUGUGCGGAAUUUGAUGUUGUGGAGUGCAGUCUACCUCCCUGGAUCAUCGCCAUCCACACCUAGUGAAGAGUCUUGCACCCCUUAUCCUGCUUGUGGAUCAUCAGCAGAGGAGCAGCCUCUUUGCAGGUUACCCAAGACCCGUUCAUAUGAUGACAUACCAACAACCUGUGACAUGACUGUACCUUGCACGAACAGACGCAGCAGUGAUCCAAGCCUCAAUGAAAAGUGGCAGGAGCAUCGACGUUCUUUGGAAUUAAAUAGCCUGGGGAACCCUGGGGAUGAUCUUCAAGAGGGAGAAAGGCUGUCACUGGGGGCACAGCUUUCAAUGGCUGCUGGUGUUGGGGAGGGACAGAUGGAGAACAUCUUGCAGGAGGCUAGCAAAGAGGAAGUGGGGAAUGAAGAACACACAGGUAAACCAGGAAUUGGGGCAGGGAGGACAGGGAUCACAGAGGAAGCAGAGAAUUGUGAGGAGUCAGAGCAAACUGGACAAAAGGAGGAAGGGACUAUUACAGAUUCGUCUGAAAUUGAGAGCUCUGAAGAAGAGUGUGAGAGGUUUGUGGGAACAGCAAUUGCAAAUCCAGAGAGAUUGUGUUCUGUUGCUGACCUUUCAAACAGGGAAGAUUGUGAUAAGUAUAAUGCAGAUGUAGUAGAUUAUUCUACUCCGGUAACUUCUGAAGAGGAAGUAGAACAUGAUGUUCCCAAAGAGUUUACAUCUAAUGCUUCUGAACCAGAAGUGGGAGAAGGAGAACUAGUGGCAAAAUUGGAAAGUGAAAUGCAGGGCAUUCUCAACAACCCUUCCCCAACACUUUCAUCACAUCCAGUUCUGGAUGAAUCCACAGACACCCUGACAGAUGACUCUCCGACUUCCUGGCCUUGCAGGAUGGAUCAUGUGACUGCAGCAAAUCAACUGUCUCAGAGUCCUGGUGAGGUAAUUCAGGAUGGCCUUAAUAUGGUGGGACUGCAGAGCCAUAGUGAAAGGACGUGUUCCCCUUCACCCCUCAGUCAUAGUGCCUUCCCAAAAUCUGAAUGCAUAGCAGACACUCCGUGUAACAUUGACCAAUCUUCUCCUCCCAUUCCUGAUGAGCCAUGUCUCAAUGGAGACAAUCGAAGAGGAAUGCAGGCACUUUCUCGGCAAAAUUCUUGCACAACCCACUCCCAGACCCAGCUAAGAAACUUCCCACACAAGUGCCCAUUGCAUGGUGGUGGAAGAGCUCGUGUGGGAAAUACCCCUGAGCAACCCGCACGAAACCAUCUAGAUGAUGAUGGAAUGCCACUCUAUGUAGAUGCAAUCCAACAAAGGCUCAGACAGAUGGAGAGUGGUCACCAACAGGAGGUUGAAACCUUGAAGAAACAGGUGCAAGAGCUUCGCUGCCGUCUUGAAAGCCAUUUACAUAAUAUCCCACAAAAUUUCAAUGGGGAAUUUACAGAUGAGGUGACCUCAAUCCCUGAUUCUGAAAGCAACCGGGAUCCCAGCUGUUUGUCAGGCUGCAGCACAGAACCAUUCUCUGAAGCCAGCUGGGAGCAGGUGGACAAGCGGGACACAGAGGUGACAAGGUGGCUACCAGAUCAUCUAGCUGUGAACUGCUAUAACUGUGAGAGCAAGUUCUGGUUAGCAAGCAGGAAACAUCACUGUAGGAAUACAGAAGCUGUGGCUGAAACGUGGAAUUGUGGGAAUGUUUUCUGCUCCAGCUGCUGUAAUCAGAAAAUGCCAGUUCCUAGCCAGCAACUAUUUGAGCCCAGCAGAGUUUGUAAGUUGUGUUACAGCAACUUGCACCCCAGCCUGGAACUGGAAAACCCUAUUACGGCUUCUUCUAACUAGGCAAUCAUUCUUCCAGAGGUGGGGAAAAGAGGCCAGCCUUGUUGCUCACUGGAUGAGUUGGAGGAACUGCUUGCGGAAGAUAAUUCUCAAAAAUCAACCUUUUUAUUUGGACUACACUGUCAUGUUUUUUUUUCUCUUUACAAACUUCAUUUUUAUCCUCAUGCUAUAUUGGCAACUUGGGAGAGUAGAGAUACUGAAGUCUGUACUUAUCAUUCUAGGCAAGAAAAAAUAUACUAACAAUUUGUAUUCCUUCUCAGAGUAGUUCAUCAGAGGGACUUUU